GUAACGUAAUGGUAGUUCUGUGAGGUAAAGCCUUAGCAUGAAGUGAUUGGUGUGACUCAUGUAAUAGCAGCAAAUAUGAAAAGGGAGGACCGGGGAAGUGACUAUGAGUAAAGUGGACGUGAAAGUUGUUCUUUUGGGCAGUGAAUAUGUAGGUAAAACAAGUCUUCUUGAAAGAUAUGUCCACGACCGAUUUAGGAGUAAUCUCCCAUAUCAAAAUACCAUUGGCGCCGCCUUUGCAGCCAAGAUAGUGACUUUACGAGGGAAAAAAUUUACUAUUGGAGUGUGGGACACAGCAGGCAGUGAACGGUACGAGGCCAUGAGUCGCAUAUAUUACCGUGGAGCCAAAGCUGCUAUUGUAUGUUAUGAUAUUACUAACCGUGCUUCAUGGGAUAGAGCCAAAUUUUGGGUUAAUGAGUUAAGAAGAUUUGAAGAGGACUGCAAAGUAUAUUUGUGUGGUACCAAAUAUGACACUGUUUCGGAAGGCACACCCCGACAAGUUGAAAUCGGGAUGGCUGAAAAAUAUGCAGAGGGCCUGCAAGCAAAUUUUAUAGAAACAUCAAGCAAAACUGGGCAUAAUGUUGAUAAGCUUUUUCAGAUGAUCGCUGAGGAUUAUUUAGACAGUCCGGAACCCAAUAAAAUUGAGGAGACAAUUACACUCACUCAACUGAACAAGCGAAGAAACUGUUGUCCCUAAGUGUCAACAAGUUUUUCAAAUCCUCUGUCAGAAGAAUCCGUCUGUUUUUAUCAUAAAGGCUGUGAAAAAUUACAUAUUUUAUUACUGUAUAUGGAAGAGACAUUUUAUGUACUGCAUUAUGCAAUAUUUCUUCUAAAAGAGACUAAUGUGGAUGGUAUUUCAGAAGUUUUUUGCUUUAAAUAGUAUUUUUAACAAUUGUUAUUCACAUGUUAUUUAUAAAGAUAUUUAUUAAAAUUAUUUUGCACAUUAUACUUGAAACAUUAUUCCUUAUUGUUCAUUCCUAUUCCAUCUUUCAAUGAUUGUCAUAAUCCAGAUUCUGCUGGGUGUAUCUCCUAUGAGCCUUGAGACAAAUUUUUCUGUUGGUUCACCAGAUAUUCGCAGCUGAAUUUCUGCAAAAUGUAGGUGAAUUCAGCCCAAACAAAUAGUGCUUAUGCAACACCCAGUGUUGGGAAAUAUUAGGUGGUUUAUCCAUAGCAACUGAAAUAGCUUUUAAAAUGAAAUUGUGUGUUGAUUAUGUAGUGGUACCAAAUUAGUAUAGUACAAUAGUCAGCUUAAUGAUGUCUAGAGAGAUAUGGCACAAUGCAAAUAAUAUCCAUAAUUCAGACAGUGACUGACUAGGGUUGGUGCAUGAGGUUGCAAACUCAUUGCAGCACGAGACAGGACAAGUUGAGGAAGGAAGGUGUGGUUAACAAGUGUUCACUGAGCUUUUGCUGUCUAUUGUAGUAAUAAAAUGAUAAAGAAUACACUAUCCUCUUGUCAACUAAACUUCCAGGUAUUAUGAGAAUUGAUAGAUCUUAUCUAAAAAGAGAUGUACAAAAAGAAAGAUUAACAAAUGUGUGUAUUCUGUUUUCUUAAGCUGAUAUCA